AUGACACCUUUGAGGCUGAUUGUGGGGUACAUGCGAGGGGGAACCACUCUGACAGCUGAUAUUGUUCGACACACGGAGGAGGACUUUUAUAUGUUUGAACCGUUACAUGGGGUGUCACAGGCUAUAAGACGGAACAGUUCAACACAGUUCCUAAACGGAACCGAAAGGUGGUUAUAUUUAACUAAUUUUCAUAGAUAUGCUAAGGACAUGACACCUUUGAGGCUGAUUGUGGGGUACAUGCGAGGGGGAUCCACUCUGACAGCUGACAUUGUCCGACACACGGAGGGGGACUUUUAUAUGUUUGAACCGUUACAUGGGGUAUCACAGGCUAUGAGACGGAACAGUUCAACACAGUUCCUAAAUGGAACCGUGAGAAAAAUUUUCAGAGAAGAACAGCAAUCAGUUUAUCCAGAGUUACUCUACCAUUGGUUUACCUGCAAUUUUGAUCAUAUCGACAUAGCGUCUUUAACAAACCAUUUCAUCUUGUUUCACACUCCAGAGCUCAAAGAUUAUUAUUAUUGUUUAAGGACCAAGAGGUCAACGAAAACCAAAAACAAACUCCGAAUUGUCAAAAUGUGCUCUGUACUUUUACGAAUCAAAUGUAGAACUGCAGCAACAAGGACGAUAAAAACUAUCCGGCUGUCGAUAUAUAUGGCGGGAAAGCUCCUAAAAUGGCUUCCAAAUUUGAAAAUUAUUUAUUUACUACGAGAUCCUCGUGGGAUAAUAAACUCUCAGUUUGAGCGAAAAAUAAAUGAAGGAAAAAAUGUGUCUUUCCUGGCUAAAGAACUGUGUAACACUAUUUCCUAUGACCUUAACAAUUUUGACAAUCUGGAACACUGUCACAAGAGCAGAAUGAUGAAACUAAUUUACGAAAACCUCUGUCAGUAUCCACAUAGAAUAGUGGCAAAAAUAUACGCCUUUUUAAAUAUUGAUUAUACAUGGGAGAGAAAAUUAUAUGUGCAAAGAAUUAUGAAAGGACCUGUUAGGCGUUGCUCUUAUUGCACAGAUCGGGGAAAUGCACUGAGAUCUGCUUAUAGGUGGAUAUCUGUCAUAAAUGAAAAUACUUUGAAUAUUACCAAGUUAUUGUGUUCAUUUCUGUAUACCAAAUUAGGAUACCAGCACUUAGAAUAUCAUGUACUGAACUUAACAAGCGUUUCCUGGAAGCCAUUGACAUAG